GUAUUUAACAGACCGCCUACUGAUAGGCGCGUCCAUUUAGGUACCAAACGACAGGCUGGUUAUACGUCUUGAACUUAUUAACAAAAAAAGGUUUCCAUCGACUUCGUACGGACGGGCGGAUUUGAUGUGCAUUCUAUAACGACAGUUCAUGAUGCAGUGACCUCGACCAGUGCCUAGGAGUGUUGUAACAUCGUGAAGUGUAUUGAAAAAACAAACAUGGUCUCUAUGAAGAUUGGAAUCGUAUUGAUCCUCGCCGUUACGGUGAUAGCUGAUAAAAAGAUCGAGUUGCAGGAUAUCGAAGAAGAUAAUCUGAAGAGUGAGAAGAAAAGUGAUCACGAUAAAACCGGAGGAAGAUCUCAACAGGAUGGCCCAAGUGACUCUGGUGUUCCCCUGGAAAUUUUGAAGAACAGUUUUCUUCAGUACUACCAAGGAUUAUCUCCAGCAUCACAACAACAACGAUAUGUUCAACAAUACGCCGUGUCUGAGCAACCUGAACGCAUCUCAGUUUCACCUAAACCAGAGUAUGGACCACCUCCUUCCCCUCCAUCUAUGGUAGAAUAUUUAUCAAAUCUUCCAGUGCAGUUCAUUCUAGUACCACAAUACUAUAAUCAACAUAAUGAGCAGGAAGGGCAAUCUGGACUUCAUACGCCAGUACCAACUGUAGCUCAAGUGUAUUCAAAGCCUCAACAAGUUCAGCAAACAACACAACAACAGGUUCAACAACCAUCUCAACAACAGGUUCAACACCAAUCAAAUUAUAUAGAAAUACCUGCGUAUGUAACUCCCACAGCAGCUCCAUACGUUCAACCAUACCCAUCUCCAGUAACUUACAUAAGCUAUUCUCAACCUACCAUUGCUCCUGUUCAACCAACUGUUUCUCCAGUAUUUGCUUAUCAAGCACCGCUUAUUCAUUAUCAAAAUGCUAUUUCUUCUCCUCCGCAGAAGGGUUUUGAUGAAGUUCAACAAUAUAAACAAUCUAAUAUAGCAGAUCAGGAUCUGGAAAAUGAAAUUGAGGGUCACAGACAUUAUCUUAAACAUCAAGAAAUUUCUAAACCUUCAGGACAAGAUUUCCCUCGUUAUUAUAAUUCUAGGGUUCCCAUUAGAGAAGAAUAUCGUUCUAACCACGUCCAACUUCCACAGCCAGGUCCACUUAUAUUAAAGGCAACACCAUCUCAUUUAGCUCAUAUUCCUAAGACUCUCCCAGUCAAUCGUCCUUUAACAAAACCUGUCUAUACGAGUGGACGUGGAUUCAUACCUAAUUCAUUCUCCUCUAAGCCAUCUGAAGUUUUCUCCCACGGUUUGAACAGACGGCCUACUUCGUUAUUGGAUUCGUACAUACCAUCAAGUUUGCAAAUAGAAUACCUAAAAAGGGGAUUAGCUGCGGAUCCCUUAUCAGCUUAUGAGGCAUUAUCAAGCGGCAGACAUUUGGCGCAAUCACAGUUUAUCCCAAGGCAUUACGAAAGAGGUUUCCUCCCAAAUCAAAUUUAUCACACUGCUGCUGGUGGAAUAGCAUUUGGACAUCACAAAAGAGCGCCAAAGUAGGAAAGGCAAAUAAUAUUUUUUUAUAUCGUCACUCCUUUAUUUAGUUUCAAAACAACACCUACCUUCUAUGUUUUCUGUUAUUUGAUGUGAAAAUUUGUCGAGUAAUAAUCUGGUGAAGUAUUUGAUAUAUAUAUUUUAAGUUAUAAGUUUUGGCUAAGAAACAUAAUGUUAACGAUUAAUGUAAAUAAUAUAACUUAUUUUUAAUAUAUACUUUAUAAGAUUUAGUACGAAUUUGAGGUAAAUAAGUCUUAUCAUAAGUCAUACUAGUUCUUAUUAUACUUGUAGUGGUCAGUAUUG